AUGCGGGUGAGGGCCGGCUGGGGGCCCUCAGGGGGUACUGUGGCGCCUUCGGUGUGGCCCAAGACUUUGAUGCGGGCUUGGGUGCUGCUGAGGUCUUCGGGCUCUUGCUGGAAGCCCAGCAGCUCGUCAGCAGCAGCAGCAGCAGCAGCAGCAGCAGCAGCAGCAGCAGCAGCAGCAGCAGCAGCAGCAGCAGCAGAAUCAGCAAGCAGCAGCAGCAGCAGCAGCAGCAGCAGCAGCAGCAGCAGCAGCAGCAGCAGCAGCAGCAGCAGCAGGGAAGGUGGUUUUCAGGCGGAGAAGGGAGGGCUAAAGAAGUGGAGGAAGGGGUUCCAGGGGCAGAAGAGCCAAAGGCAGCAGCAGCAGCAGCAGCAGCAGCGGCAGCAGCAGCAGCAGCAGCAGCAGCAGCAACAGCGAGUGCUGCUGCUCCGGCUGCAGCAGUCGCUGCUGCAGCCACAGCCGCUGUUGCUGCUGCAGCUUUAG